AUGCAAUUCAAUAGAAACUCAAGGAAUCAUUGCAUUACGAGGCCUCAAAUACUCCCUUGUGCUGCUGAUUCUUUCGGGGAUGCUAGUGGCUUCAGGGUCUUUGUGCUUUCUGAUUUACACACUGACUACCCAGAGAACAUGAAGUGGGUCAAGUCCUUAUCAACUAAGGCCUACAAGAACGAUGUUCUUCUUCUUGCUGGUGAUGUUGCUGAGACUUACCGCAACUUUCACUUCACUAUGUCCCUUUUCAGGGAUAGAUUUCAACAUGUCUUCUAUGUUCCUGGGAAUCAUGAUCUUUGGUGUCGCACCGAGCCAGAGGGCCAACAACAUUAUCUUGAUUCUCUUGAAAAGCUGAAUAAAUUGCUUGAUGCUUGUAGAGGACUUGGUGUCCAAACCAGACCAAUGGCUUUAGGUGGCCUCGGAAUCGUACCUUUGUUUUCUUGGUACCAUGAGAGUUUUGAUAGAGAGCAGGACAUUUCUGGCACAAGAAUUCCUUCUUUGGAGAUGGUGAUUCACUUUCUUUUCUGCUCUGCCCAGAUGGUUGGCUCUUUAGCAUCUGAUUUCUUAAGCUCUUCCAUAUUGACAAAAGACAACUAUUCAAAAAUACCUGAUCUGAUUGGUUAUCUUGGUGUGAUUCAUGCUAAUAAGGCUUUGUGGAUGCUAUUCUUUAGGCAAGAACUCUGUCCAGAGAAGAGGAUGCUAUUUUAUCCAAACCUUCCAAAAAUCAUUGGUUCUGAUUUUCUCGAGGUUCGCAUAAGGUCAAUUCAUGGAAUUGAGGGGAAUGCUUCUGCAUGCCAUGCAUUUGGUCAUACACAUUUUUGCUGGGAUUCUGUGCUUGAUGGUAUCAGGAUUAAAUUAUUCAUUUCUUGGAGGUAUGCUGAAGAUAAUUGUACCAGAUCGGGGUUGAGAGAUGUUGCCCAUGUGAUUAGUUGUGGCUGGAUCAAAUACCCUAGGUUGCCUUCAUCCAGAUUUGUUGUUAUAAUCGUUGGAGAUCAGGCUUUGAAAAUGGGCGAGGAGGCAAAUGUAUGCACUGUGUAUGUACAGGCACCAUUGGCUUAUCCUAGAGAGAGGAAGAGGAGGAUGAAUGGGGGUGAAACUUGGCUGCCAUUUUGUGUCUAUUCUGGUGGGAAAUUUGCAGAUAGAAUAUCACCUUGUCAUUGGUCUGAUUAUUAUGCUGCUCAUCCAAGGGCGCCUCAUGUCACCGAACUUGCUCCUUGGGUAGCCAGAUUCUAUAACCGCGCAUAA